AUGGACUGCUCUUCGUCUACCGUUUGCUCAAGAGGCAGGCCAAAAGAAAACCACGGCUAUUUCAAUUCGUACCUCAAGGAGGCAAAAAGACGACGGGCUGAAAGAAACGAUCUUGACGAUAGAUUGGACGAGGAAGCCGCUAUCCUGAGUGAGGAAGCCGCAGCUAUCACAAAAGAGAAAUCCAUUUUCAAAAACGACGUUCCCGUUACAACAUCCGCCGGUGUAUCACAUGUCAGCAAAAUGGACGUUCCCAUAAAGGCUAAAAAUGCCGAUGUUCCAUCUGACAACGAAAUGGACAUUUCCAUCGUAACUUCACCCAUCGAUGAUCCUCAUGACGACCAAAUGGAAGUUCUCAUCGCUUCAGCUGCAACCACCGAUGAUGCACCUGUAGAGGUAACGCAAGGAAAUAUGAAAUGCGUGACUUCGAAUGAACACAGUUGCCGAAAAAUAAGGGACUGUAGUAGACAGCCUUAUCUUUUCUUGGAUAAGCCGCAAAUGAUUACCAAGACCAACAAACUGAUGUUCGGCGACAUAAACAAGGCACAGUCUAUCCUGAAGAAACAGUAUCCAGCUAUCGAUGGCUUGUUCUGUUGCACCAUUGAAGGUAGCCUGGAAUUUUCUCGGGCGCAGGGCGAACAGUGGAUGCAGAUUCUUUAUGAUGGUUCGGAUCACUGGGUCUUAGUUUCCAAAGGGUUUACCCAACCUGAACACGUACUGGUGUAUCAUAGUUGUCCCGGCAAACCAUGGAGGAAAGAACAUAUCCUGAGCUGUAUGUCCAGUCUGUUUCAAACAUCUAACGAGAAAAUGACAUACAUAAUUAAAGGUUGUCAACGGCAAAGCAACGGAUAUGAUUGCGGAGUCUUCGCCAUUGCUUUUGCUACCAGCUUGGCAAUCGGUGAAGACCCCGCAACAAGACUAUAUGAUCCUAUAAAGUUGCGCCCUCACCUUGUUAACUGUUUGGCAUUAGGCAAAAUAACUGCGUUUUCCAUCAUCCCAAAGUCGAUGUAA